GGCUGCCGAAGCAGGCAGCGUCCCCAACGAGAAGAUCGCAAUAUGGCUUAAGGACUGUCGAACACCAUUGGGAGCCUCCCUGGAUGAGCAAAGCAAUCCUAUGUUGAAGGGCAUGCUGAUGAGAAAUGGAGGAAGUUUUGAAGAUGACUUAUCCCUGGGAGCUGAAGCUAAUCAUCUACAAAGUGAUGCUCAAAUGGAAACGUGGGGUGAAAAUCUCAGUAUCAGAAGUGAGGUGAAAGAGGGGCGAAGCCCAGAACAAUUCCAGUAUGAAGAGGUGGUCCUUUCAGGGAAGCAGGGAAUACAAACCUGCUUGGGCAACGGUAUGUUGGCCAAGGAGAAGAGACUGCAGUUCCGCCAGAAAGGAAGAAGUAUGAACUCCACUGGGUCAGGAAAAAGCAGUGCAACUGUUUCAAGUGUUUCUGAAUUACUGGAGCUUUAUGAGGAAGACCCUGAAGAAGUGCUCUAUAAUCUUGGAUUUGGAAGAGAUGAACCAGACAUUGCUUCUAAAAUUCCACCAAGAUUUUUUAAUUCAUCAUCAUUUGCCAGAGGAAUAGAUAUCAAAGUGUUUUUGAAUGCCCAGAUGCAGCGUAUGGAAGUGGAAAAUCCAAAUUUUGCUUUAACAAGUCGUUUUCGUCAGAUUGAAGUACUUACUACAGUGGCAAAUGCAUUUUCUUCGUUGUAUUCCCAAGUGUCUGGAACUCCUUUGCAGAAAAUUGGCACCAUGAAUUCGGUUUCUUCCAACAAGGAGGCAUCUAGCCCACCCCCUUUAAACCGCAGCAACACUGCAAAUCGUUUGAUGAAAACUUUAUCAAAACUUAAUCUUUGUGGGGCCCAACAGGCAGGGGAAAGUAGCACAAUUUCAUCUCCCGUUGAAAAAGGAAAAAGCCCAACUGCCCAAGAGACUGAGGAAUAUGACUUUAAAAAUGAAUCAAAAUUACCAAAACACUUUAGAAAGAAAGAUUCUCCAUCUUUUUUGGCUACGGUAAAGGAGGAAAUGUCUAAUAAUCAGUUCAUUAUUACAGACAAACUUCAUGCUGCAAACCUUCCUGCUGGAGUUGGUGGUAAGCAAGAUGAGACUGGAUCUCAUGCAGAUACAAAAAAUAAUGAAUUGCCGAGUCAUCAGAACAGACUAUCUGAAGAAUCUGGUAUUGCGGACUCAUCCAAUUUCAGUAGCGAUUCUACUAGUAGUGAGCUAGAAAGCAAUAUUGAACUGCAGAAUAUGCCUAAACUGAAGCCUGGUAAAGAACCCUGUGGUCUUCUUAUAGCAAAUCCAUCCAUAACAAAUCUAAUGCUGCAGCAGAAGGAUUCCUUUGAGAUGGAAGAGAUUCAAAGCACAGAGGGGGAAUUACCACACAUUCCAACUCCUUACCAGUUGGCUUUGAUCAAGUCAAGAAAAGACCAACUAUUACGAACAGCCAGUCAGCAUUCUGAUAGUAGUGGUUUUGCUGAAGAUCCUUCUACAGAUUGCUUUUCACUUAAUCCCCUUCAGGUUCAUGACUCUUUGCAGGCUAUGGGAAGUAGUGCUGACAGUUGUGACAGUGAGACAACGGUAACGUCGCACAGUGAGGAGCUUAGGACACCGAUAGCCAAAGAACUUCCCUAUUUCCAUGAGUUAGAGGAGGAGGAGGAGGAGGAAGAGGAGGAUGAAAAGGUUCUCCCUGAAAUGGAGGGACAAAAGUUGGAGGUACCUUCUGAAAAGAGAACAGAAGGUGAUGAAGCAAACCUUGAACAUGAAACUGAUCAGAACCAAAGAAGAGAGAGAAAUUUGUCUCACACAUCAGAUUCUGCUCAAAGAAAUCUCAGUAUAGAAAGUGAAGAGACUUCUACUGAACAAAAGGAAUCUGAGGUUCUAGAAGAAGAUAGUGAUGAAAGUGAUCUGGAAAAAAGCAGUGAACUUGAAUUUCCACAGUACAAAACACACCAUAUUCUUAAAUCAAUGGCAUCUAUUGAAAGCACCAGUUCAUCCACUUCUUCUGCAGAUAGGGUUCAUGUUGCUUUGCAAAGAGCCCAGAUGAAGAUCAGCAGCACAUCUGGUUCCAGAGUUGGGCGCACCCUGCUCAAGUCAAAAGACCUGCUCUUGAAGCAAAGGCACCGGCUUGCUGAAUCAGGUUAUCCUCUUAGGCGAUCCCAGUCUCUUCCAACUGCAUUACUGAAUCCAGUGAAAGUAGUUUCCUCAGUAAAUGUCCGGCUGUCUCCAGGAAAAGAGACUUUGUGCAGCCCUCCUUCCUUCACCUAUAAGUAUACACCUGAGGAGGAGGAGGAGGAGGACCUGAUGACUGAGGACAAGCAAUUGGUGAACAAAAUGAAAGACAGUCCACCUCCAUGUAAAUCCACAUUUCAUGUUGCCCCUUCAUCCAUGAAAAAGGAAACUACCCAAAGUGGGCUGACCAGGUUGGUGGAUGAAUCUAGUCACAGUAGACUACAGAGCUGCCCGUUGCACAUACCUGCACACAUGUCUCAGUCAACAUGUUCUCUCCACUCUCUUUAUUCUGAUUGGCAAGAUAGGCCUCUAUGUGAACAUAUGAGAACACUUAGCACACACAGUGUCCCAAGUAUCUCGGGAUCUUCUUGCAGUGCAUUAGCUUCUCCUUUUGGUUGCCCUUAUUCUCCAAGGCAUGUUGGAUACUCUCCUCGGCCGCAUGCCAUUAAUCCACCCUCUACUGUUGAAAUGCAGCUACGCCGAGUCUUGCAUGAUAUCAGAAACUCUCUCCAGAAUCUCUCUCAGUACCCUGCAAUGAGAGGUCACGAUCUUGCUGCUGCCACCUCUUACAGUACUCAGAGAUCAUCCAUUCUACCUCUUUAUGAAAAUACUUUCCAGGAACUACAGGUAGUGAGACGCAGUCUGAACUUGUUUAGAACUCAAAUGAUGGAUUUGGAAUUGACUAUGUUACGUCAGCAAACAACAGUAUAUCAACACAUGACUGAAGAAGAAAGAUAUGAAGCCGAUCAACUCCAGAGUUUAAGAAAAUCUGUCCGCAUGGAGCUGCAGGAGCUAGAAACGCAGUUAGAGGAACGUCUGCUUGCUCUGGAGGAACAGCUUAGAACUUUACACAUGUCUUCACCUUACAGAUCUCAGCCACUCAUGGGUAUGUAUGGCAGCAGGAGCACUGAUAAUCUUUCAUGCCCUUCUCCACUGAAUGUAAUUGAACCAGUCUCUGAACUUAUUCGAGAACAGUCAUUUUUGAAGUCAGAAUUGGGAUUAGGACUGGGAGAUCUUGGAUUGGAAACUCUUCCAGCAGAAGGAUCAGAAUCAGUAUUCUCUCAUGGAAACUCGGAUUCUUCUUCCGUUUGCUCCAGCCAUGCAGGCAGGAAAGCUGGUGGAAGCUUAUCUGAGAUAACUGGAAAGUCCAAGAUGCAAAGCAAGAGGGUAUACCGAGCAUCUGUUGCCUUAACACCAACCCCACCAGCAAGACCAGGCAGCAUGCAGCAAGCUGAAUGCCCUGAGGAAUAUGCAGACUCCAGAUCAGAGGUGGAACAAAAACUUGAAAAAGUUCCUUUUGCACCUUCAGUUGAUGAAAUUCACAGAAGCGUGGAGAAUGAGGAGCUGCAGCAGGUUAUACGGGAGAUCAAAGAAUCUAUUGUUGGUGAAAUAAGACGGGAAAUAGUAAGUGGACUGUUAGCAGCUGUAUCUGCCCCAAGCAGAUCUGCCAAUACAAAGCAAGAUACGUAGCCAUGAAAUGGAUACUACAGGUUGGCAUGCAACCCAAAAAAGCUGUGGAUUUCUGCUCUGGAUGACGUAUUCUGGUGAAGGUGUCAAGCUAAAUUUACUUGUGCUUCAGGAGACACUAAAGCUGCUGAGUUGGGCUACUGUAUACAUUGCUUAUGUCUGUGAUGCAUACUUUAUUACCUUUUCUUGAUCCCGUAUAUAAUGACUUAAGGCACUUUGCUUAGUGUGUUACUCUCCAUCAACCAUCAAGAAAACUAUUUCUGUUUGAAAGACCUAAUAUUUAUUUGUACGUCCCUGUUGUAAAUGUGUGUAGUUUUAUUUCGUCGUGUUAGAGGUGUGUCAUGAAACUUGAAGACUUCCAGACCUAACCAGUUUAUAAAUAACAUACAUCUUCUGCCUAGCUUUUUUUAUAUGUGUGUAUAUAUAAAAAAACCCCAAAACACUGACCUCCAUGAGGUAUUUACUGUGCAAUAACUGAUUCACUUUUGAGAGCUUGAAACAACCGAUAAUUGUUUCCACUGCUGUUACUUAGUGCCACUUCAAAAGAAGAAAAACUCCUGUUGUAAAAAUUGCAGUUAAUUCUUGGGAAGGUUGCUAUUAGCAGAGUGGUAGAAUGAUAUGAGGUUACUUAAAACUACUAAAAGUACUUACACUGAAAGCCUUAUCUUUGCGCAGUGGACAACUUUAAUUUUAUUUUUCUUCCUUACAACUCUAUUCCCAUCUUUCACCCUCUUUGGAAACAUGCCUUCCUUUUAAACACUGUCCAUGUCUGUGUGUAAACUGCUUCUCUGUUAUAUCAAGAGAAGUUCUCUCUUCUGUCUUGUAUUAAGCAAAAUUAUAAUAAAAAUAUUUCUUUCAUUAAAGUAAUGGGAAUAUGCGACUCUCAGUAGAUGGAUGAUGACAUUAGCUAUUUUAUGGAGGAAAUUAAAAUAAAGUAGCUUUUCCCCCUCUUUUCCUUCCACCACUGAUUUAUUGUAGCUCAGCCCAGUGAAAACGUAUGUGUUCCAGUGGAUAAAAUCGGAAGCAAAUGGGUUUCUUAUGUGGUCAAUCGGCAUUUAAUGCACGUGUAGCAUCUGACUAGUCUUUGGAUUCUCUGAUGCCUUUGUCAUUUCCAGCUAUUAAAAAUGUUUAUAUUGUUUCAAAAUCUUAAUCAAAGAAUAGUCAAGAUAUAACAAUAUUAUAUGAAAAGCUUUAUCUGAAAGAUUUAUAAAUGUGUUAGGAAGACACACAUAAGGGCUGAUUUCUAAGAAAAGGUGUAUAUUAAUCCAAUAAAAUAUUUAUUUUGCAUACA